AUGACCGCAACCGUGGCCACGGCAUGGUCGUCAAACUUGUCGCCGGUUGACAAGGUUGCUCUCAUGCCAGAGCUCUUUGCAUCUUCCCCAUACCUCGACAGAGAACACCUGCUGGAUCUCAAACCUCUUGACGAGCAAAGCCGCCUAUUCGCACUUGCACUUAGCACCCUGCAGCCACGAACACCGGAGUAUGCGACCACCAAGUACGAAGAUAGCCUUGAUCUGGAUCUAGUCUUGGCGAAGCUCAAAGACCUUCUGCAGGAGGCCGAUCUGCAGUGGAAGCACCAAGACUUCUAUGUCGUCGAGUUCCGGUCACAGCUGAAGCCACAGAUCGACAACCCUUUGCUUUUCAAGCUGGACAAGGAAUCGCAUCGCGAGGCGAACACCAGUGGUGGUCUGUUGAAGUACUGGUAUGGGGAGCCUGAUGCAGAGCGGAGAAAUCUGGCCACUUGCUUCUGGACCAAUAAGGAGGCUGCAAUCGCCGGAGGCAGAGGUCCUCUGCAUAAGCAAGCUCGGGCCAUCAUACCUCAGAUGUACGAAUCCAUUCACGUCAAAGGGCUGCGAUUCGCGAUCACGGAUGCUGCCAGAGAGUGGAAGCUGGAGCCAUACUUGUGA